AUGAGGUCUUCCCUGUUGUUGGCGUCCGGCGCUGCUGCCGUAGCCGUCGAUCUGAAGCUCGGUGGCCGUGCGGCGAAUGCGUCCACGUCCUAUCUCGCCCGUAUGGCGGAUACCCAUAUCCGCAAGGGUAUUGAGUUGGACUUUGGUUACACAAACGCGGUCAUCUACCAAGGACUCGAGCUCGCCUACGAAGUGACCAAGAAUGAGUCUAUUGCCGAUGCAUACGAAAAGCAGAUGUCCAUCAUUAAUGAGGACGGCUCGAUCAAGGAGUACGAGUACGACUUCUACUCUCUUGAUGAGUACCGUUUUGGCAUGAAUGCUCUCUGGUGGUACAACAGGACCGGCGAGGAGAAGUACAAGACCGCAGCCGACGACAUCCGUGGCAUGCUCGAUAGACACCCGCGCACGCCGUCAGGUGGAUUCUGGCACCGUGCUCCUAUUUAUGAGAACCAGAUGUGGCUGGAUGGCAUAUUCAUGGCCGAUUCUUUCUACGCGAAGUACACAAGCCUGUAUGACAACGACAACACCACUGCCUGGGACGACAUCGUCCUGCAGUACGACAACAUCGAGAAGUACACCCGCAACCACACGACCAACCUGCUCGUCCACGGGUACGACGAGUCGAAGAAGGCCAUCUGGGCCGACCCCGAGACGGGCGCCGCCCCGCUGGUGUGGAGCCGUGCCGUCGGAUGGUACAUGGUCUCCCUGCUCGAGACCAUCCCUCUGCUGCCCGCGUCCCACGAGGGCCGCGAGAAGCUCACCGGCUACUUCAAGACCCUGUCCGAGGGCGUGCUCAAGGCUCAGGACGCCGCCACCAGCGGAUGGUGGCUGAUCAUGGACUUCCCCGGCCGCGAGAAGAACUACAUCGAGUCGUCCGCCAGCGCCAUGUUCACCUUCAGUCUCCUCAAGGGCGUCAGGCUCGGGCUGAUUGACGCCGAGACUUACCUGGAGCCGGCGAAGAAGGCGUACCAGGCGCUGGUGGAUGACUUCGUUGUUGAGAACGCCGACGGCACCCUGGACUGGGAGGGCACCGUCCUCGUGGGCUCCCUCAACAGCAACGCUACCUUCGAGUACUACACGUCUAUUGCUCUGUCUCCUGAUGACUACAAGGGAGUUGGACCAUUCAUGUAUGCCUCUUACGAGAUCGAAAUCUCGUAA